AUGGCUAGGGAAACUUCAAUCGCUUUAAAAACUAUUAUGAGCUUUUCGUCCGACGGUCGACAAAAACAAAGGAUUUCCGAUCUAGAGGACGAAACGCCAUUAAUUCAAAGCGAAGAAUACGCAGAGAGCUCAUCAACAUCUUCACGACAAUUACCGCAACAACGAAGGCGUCAAAGACAGCCACAAAGCAAUAUGGGAAAAUCACCACAACUAAAAUCACGAACCAUAUCAUUUCACGCAUCAGUGAAGGACAAGUUUCCACCGAAUGUGGUCCGCAAUCAGAAAUAUAGCCUCAUAACAUUCUUUCCGUUGGUGUUUUAUGAGCAAUUUCACGUAUUCAUCAAUCUAUACUUUCUUCUCGUGGCAUUGUCUCAAUUCAUUCCUCCAUUGAAAAUUGGUACUAAAGAUUAA